ACCACCCCGGGAUUUAAAGCCACCCCUCAUAGCACAGAGCUGACAAACACACACAAGCAUCAAGGAGCUGUCAUUAUCGCCACCACAGCAGCUGCACACAAAGAGCUGUUUGCUUUGCACUUACUGCCACAUGAAAUAUGGCUCUGCGCGAGGAGAGGAAAAAGUCUUUCUGGGAGAACCUUUGCUCAUGUUGCUGCGGAGACAGAAGCGAAUAUGAGCCAGACAAUCCUAUGAGACCAGUAGUGAGACCUGAUGGAGGGAGGGACAUAGACAUUCCUGCUUCUCCUUCAUCUAGACCUUCACCUGCAUCACCUUCACCUGCAUCACCUUCACCUGCAUCACCUUCACCUGCAUCACCUUCACCUGCAUCACCUUCACCUACACCUUCCCCAUCUAUAGGGGGAGCACUGCAGGUUCAAAGUGUGGAUUUGUUGAAGCAACGUGGAGGAGAAACACGUAGAGCUCACCAUACUGAUGAAUUUGAAUAUGAUGAGCUGAUUGUGCGUAGAGGUCAGCCCUUCAAAAUUUGUGUUACUUUCCAGAGAGCAUUCAUCCCCAAGAGUGAUCAGAUCUGUGUUGUGCUGCAAAUGGCAAAUGCUCAGCCAGUCACCCUUUCACAAGUUAAUGAAUUUGAGCAAAGUGGUUGGGGAUGUCAAGUCGCUGAGGUCAGUGGUUCCAAAGCAUUUGUAUGGUUGAACACAUCAGCUCAGGCUCCAGUGGGACUAUACCAAAUGAAUGUGAAGACUAACAGCGGUGGAGGAGCAAACACCAAUCUCAGGGUCUAUAUCCUCUUCAAUGCCUGGUGCCGAAUGGAUUCAGUCUUUAUGGAUAAUGAAGCAUGGCGUUGUGAAUACGUGCUUAAUGAGAUUGGCAGGAUAUAUUAUGGCACUGAACAUCAGAUUGGAGAACGAUCCUGGAACUAUGGACAGUUUGAUAAAGGAAUCCUUGAUGCCUGCUUCUAUCUGUUAGACCGUGGUCGUAUAGGACCUGGUUCACGAGGAGAUCCCAUAAGUGUCACCCGAGUCAUAUCUGCCAUGGUAAAUUCAAUGGAUGACAAUGGAGUGAUUGCAGGAAGUUGGGCUGAAUCUUAUGCAGAUGGAGUGAAUCCCGUUGCCUGGGUUGGAAGUGUAGACAUUUUACUCCGAUUUCACCAGACUGGAAACCCAGUUAAAUAUGGACAGUGCUGGGUGUUUGGUGGUGUCACAACUACAGUACUACGAUGCCUUGGAAUUCCUGGACGAACCAUAACCAAUUUUGCAUCUGCGCAUGAUACUGAUGGAAACCUCACAUUUGAUGUUUAUUUUGAUGAGAACAUGAAGCCCAUUGAAGAAAAGAACGGUGACUCGGUUUGGAAUUACCACGUGUGGAAUGAUUGCUGGAUGACACGCCCAGACCUACCUGCAGGAUAUAGUGGUUGGCAGGCGAUUGAUGCUACCCCUCAGGAGACCAGCAAUGGUAUUUACUGCUGUGGCCCUUGUCCUGUACUUGCCAUUAAAAAUGGACAGACUAAUAUAAAAUAUGAUGCACCAUUCAUCUUUGCUGAGGUAAACAGCGACAAGGUCAGCUACCAGCGAAUGCCAAAUGGUCAAUUUAAGCGGGUUCUUGUGGAGGAGAGAGCAGUUGGCCACUGCAUCAGCACCAAGGCAGUUGGCUCUUUUGCACGGGAGGACAUCACUUACCUGUAUAAGUACCCAGAAGGAUCAGCAGAAGAGCGUAACUCAGUCCACACUGCUGCGCGCAUUUCAAACAAACCACUGGCAGCUGUAGAUGCAUCUGCGAAUGCUGUAGAUACAAGUGACGUGUCGAUGACUAUUGAGUCACAGGAUGGUGUUAUCAGGGGAAGUGACAUCAAUGUCCGGGUAACGCUGAAAAAUAACAGCAACAGUCGACGCUGUGUGUCUUUGUCGAUGGCCGUUGGUGUCAUGUUCUACAAUGGAGUUUGCAAAGAAUCAUUCAAAAAUGAGUCCAGAGAGGUGUUAUUGAAUCCAAGAGAAGGAAAGGCAGUUGGGAUGCUGAUUAGUUACGCAGAGUACAGUAAGCAUUUAGUGGGUCAGGGCGCCAUGAUGCUCACUGUGUCUGGAAUAGUAAAAGAGACGGGUCAGAAACUUGCCAAACAGCACACAUUUAGAACAAGGACUCCAGAUCUGGUCAUCAAGGUUCGGGGAGCUGCUAGAGUUGGCCAACAAAUAGUGGCAGAAGUUAUAUUCACAAACCCACUGAAUACAACUCUGCACAACGCUGUUUUCCAUGUGGAAGGGCCGGGCCUGCAGAGGCCAAAGGUUAUACAAUACGGUAACAUUGGGCCCCUCCAGACUGUAUCCAUCACAGAGCGAUUCACACCUAGACGUCCUGGUCCUCGCCAGUUUAUAGCCAGCUUGGAGAGUACCGAAUUGAGCCAAGUACAUGGAGUCACAGAAGUAGUUGUACAAGCCUGAUAAGCACUAAUGCAGAACAGAGUCAUAGAUAAUCCAGAGCCUAUCUGCAAUAUUAAUUCAGUAUUAUUAGGUGAUACAGGUGCAACAAGAUGACCUCACCGUUGUAUACCAUGAAAUGUGGAAAAUGCCUUUUAUCAUGUUAAAGCUAAUAAUCUUUUGUGACAUCAACUCAAUGGGGCAAAUUCACUAAGAUGCGAAGUUGCGCCAGGCGCAACUUCGCCGCACUUCGCCAGGCGUAGUUUCGCCAGCGCUUCGCAAA